AUGUCUUCCCAAAAUAUACCUUUGACAGAAAAUAAUAUUCUGGAAUAUUUAGAAAUUAAUUUUACUGAAUGGACUAGUGGAAAUGAAAAACUUGAUGAUUUCAUCCAAGAAAGGCAAUUAAAAAUUAAUAACAGUGAUGACAUAGUGUUUGAAUGGAUAUCAUACAACCAGUUUAAUGAAAUUAAAGAGACAGGCAAGAAUGAUCUUAUAACAGUAUAUUCAGCAAUAUGGAAGGAUGGUCCAUUAUACAAAAAGGAUGAACAGAGGUUACAGAGCAAUUAUGCAAGAGAUUCAAAUAAAAAAGUUGCAUUAAAAUAUUUACAUAAUUCACAAGAAUCCAUUGAUUCUUUAAUAAAUAAGGCUAAAAAAUUUCCAGCAAAUCAUAAAGCAUUUCAAGUAUUGUAUGGAAUAUCUCAAAAUCCAGAUACAGGAGAUUAUAUUUUUAUUCUUAUGUGGACAAGUGGAAAUGAAAAAAUUGAUGAUUUCAUUCAAGAAAAGCAAUUAGAAGUUAUUUAUUAUGAUGAUAUAGUGCUUGAAUGGAUACCAUACAAUCAGUUUAAUGAAAUUAAGGAGACAGACAAAAAUGGUCUUAUAACAGUAUAUUCAGCAAUAUGGAAGGAUGGUCCAUUAUAUAGGAUUAAUGUAUGGGAUAAAAAUUAUACAAGGGAUUCAAAUAAAAAAGUUGCAUUAAAAUGUUUACAUAAUUCACAAGAAGCCAUUGAUUCUUUAAUAAAUAAGGUAUUAAAUUUCUUAAAAUAUUUAAAUACUUUUUUUAGUUAA